CUUUUCUCCACUAAAGCGAUUAGAAACGCCAGUACAACGGCAUUCGAAAUGACCUCUGGUGCAUAUGCACUUUUCAAAUGAUUUUCUUGUUCAGAACAUUGGACGUGUUGGCACCAUCUGCAACCCCGGGCAGACGUUCGGGCCAAUUUGGUUCCGAAGCUGUCAUGUUGAAAGCUGAGGCUCAAGACCUCUAAGUCCAUGAGCAAUGAAUAGAGCAUCACUGGGACUAAACCAGCCAGGCCGAGUUCCCAGGAAAGCUUGUUAAGCUGGUCAAACUCGUCACUGUUUAUAGGCCUCAAUUCGCUGUCCAGGUUUAGUCCUCUGUUGGGCAUCCCUGUUCGUCGCCAACACGGUCAUCAUUAUCAGACCACAGCUCGACCUCACCACACGUCUCUCAUCUUGACAACGGCUACCCAGUGUUCACAAUUCAAGAUGUUGACCAACGCCCUCCACCGCCUGGCAACGCGAUCCCUCCGGGCCAGCAAGCCCACCACCUCCACUUCACCACUCUCCGAUGGCGCCCAACGCUCCAAGUCCUUUUUCACACCCUCUCACAGACCCUCCCCAUCCCCAAGACUCCCCUUGCCUCUCAUCCAGGGCCUACGCCGCUCCUACUACAACUACAACCCCAACUAUCACCACACCUCCCUGCCCGUCCAGAAAGGCGUCAUCUUCGGCUUCAUCGGCCUCAACGCAUUCAUCUGUUACGAAUGGAACUUCGGCCCCUCCUCCUCUCAUACCCAGACCACCGCCACCCCCACAGGAGCCAGCCUCUUCCACGACAUGAACGCCAACUUCAUCCUCAGCCAGCACAACCUCGACUCGGGCCGCUGGUGGACUCUCCUAACGCACUCCAUCAGCCACCAAGAACUCCCCCACCUCGUCUUCAACAUGGUCUCCUUCCACGCCUUCGCAUCAUCCUUUUUCAUGAUCGGGCUAGGCCCGGGCUUGCUCUGCGGCGUGAUGCUAGGAUCCGCGCUCGUGGCGGGGCUAACCGGGUUGGCGGACAACCGGCGCAAGGAGCAGGAUCGGGGCGGUUUGGGGGCUUCGGGGAUCGUCACAGGGUUGGGCGCCUUCGUGACGUGCAUCGCGCCAAACUUGCGGUUUAUGAUCCUUCCCUUUCCCUUUGGCAUCCCGCUGUGGAUUCUGACGCCCGGGUAUUUCGCGUAUGACUGGUAUCGGGCGGAUGAUCCGAAUUCGCGCGUUGGGCACGCGGCGCACAUUGGGGGGUCUUGUUUCGGAGUCCUGGCUUUUGUGGUGAGGAAAAUGUUGAGGUUGUGAGGGGUAAGGUGUUGACUCGCUACUGAGUCGUCCUGUCGACUGCGACUGGAAUGUAGCAACUGGAUCAUUGAGGGAAUGGUGGUAGGUUCCCGUGGCAUAAUGUCGUCACCUACAGAGUAGAAGAGUGCAUUUUGCGGGGUCAGUCGACUUCGGGAUAGAUACUAUAUCACAUGAGGAGGAAACCAGCCGCUGGGCUUUUAUUGUUUGUUCAUUCAACCACGUCGACGAAAACAUACUUUUCUACAAUCAAAGCACUAGACAAGUCCGAUUGGAACAAGU